AUCCUCUAGCAACAUAAACCGGAAAAAGACGCGCUUGCUCAGAUUCGCUGGAGUAUUUGCGUGGUUCUGUUUGCCUCCGCUUUCGCGAGCUUAUCUUAAGCAUUUCAGCGUUGGCUCGCGGUUCAGGAGGUUUGCUCUGUGGAGGGUUUAGGACAUGUUUUGAUGAUGUGCGCUGCGGUGCGCGUUCGGCGCAGAGGAAUCAGUCACACGCGCAUUUCUCUCGGUCAUUGCUGCUUUCUGGAAACUUCCUGACUGAAACAAAAACAACGAAGAAACUAACACAUUGACGGAGGCUUCUAUAUCUUCUGUACUGUUCAGGAUCUGCAGUCUGGAUACCAUGAGGUUGGCAGGACCACUGCGUGCCGUCGCCAUCGUAUUCCUUGUAGGCUUGACUUGGCUUCUGGCAAGUUCCAUACUAGGAGGAGAUGGAAGUUCUGUCAUGAAAAUGUUCUUUACUGGUGCACAAGACGAGUCCACUACAGAACCAUCACCACACAAGUACAAGUGUGGCCUCUCCGCCCCAUGUCCUCCUAAACACCUUGCGUUCCGUUUGAUUUCUGGAGCUGCGAAUGUUAUCGGACCGAAAAUCUGUCUGGAAGAUAAAAUUCUUAUCAGCAGUGUGAAGAACAAUGUUGGCAGAGGACUUAACAUCGCCUUGGUAAACGGGGUCACCGGAGAGCUGUUGCAAACCAACUCAUUUGACAUGUGGGAAGGAGAUGUGUCCAAUUUGUUGAAGUUUCUGCGCCCUCUGCAUGAAGGAACCCUGGUGUUCGUGGCAUCCUUUGACGAUCCAGCCACCAAGUUGAAUGAUGAGGCACGGCGGCUGUUCGAGGAGCUGGGCAGCACCGCGAUAAAGGAGCUAGCAUUCAGGGACAGCUGGGUGUUUGUGGGAGCCAAAGGAAUCCAAAACAAAAGCCCAUUUGAGCAGCGAUUGAAGAACAGCAAAAGUAGUAAUAAAUACGAGGGCUGGCCGGAGUCUUUGGAGAUGGAUGGCUGCAUUCCUUUACGUGCCCCCUUAGAGAGCUAAUCUCUCGUUCGGACAAGCAUCAAAGAAGGAAGUGCACAAUACACCACCACUGACUACACCGGUUCAGACAGGGUGAACCCUUGGAUCACACUACCUAAACGUUUACUUACAGGUGGAAGGGAAAAAAAAAAAAUUAAAAUAAAAAAUCCAGUUGGUAACAAGUCUUUAUUGUAAAAGUCAGCCUCAACACUUUUAGGACAGUACAAGAUUUAAAAUAUGCUAUGACUGUACCUAUCUGUUGUAUACUAGCCAUAAGCACUCACAUUUUUAUAUGUAAAGCGUUAACUUAACAUUAUUAAUCCAUGCCUCCGUUGACCAAAAGUAUGUUGUGCUUCAUGGAUAAACGUAUAACUUCUAAUAUUUAGAAACAUUCCUAGUAAAUGGUGUUGGGGAGUUGGUAGUGUUAUGCAAUAAGGAAUGUCUGUCUUUGUGUUUAAAAUUUUUUUUAAUACACUUUUGCCAUAAUUUAAAUGAAAUGUGAUCCAUAGUUGCUGUGAACGUCAUGCCGUCAUUUUAUAGUAAAAAAAAAAAGAAAUGUGUGCGCUAUAUUUUAAGUAGAAUUGAUCAAAUAAAAUAUUAAUGUGAUAUUA